AUGGGACCUACAGCAAUAACAGUGUUUAAAAAAGAUAUCCGAACAAAUAACUUUGUUGAAAGUUACCACGCUUCAUUGUUAAGGCUCAUCAAACCUCAUCCCAGAGUGUGGGAAUUCCUUAACCAGCUACUGUUCUUAGAAAAUCAGUCAUUUGUGGAAUUCAGACAAUUGAAACAAAAUUUGAAGAUUCGAAAUGGUGUUCCAACAAGAGCAAGAACAGCCAAUACUGAAGCAAUUAAAGAUUUUUUGGUAGACUACACUCAAGACUUAAAUUCAGAUCGCCUCUUAUCUUUUUUGAGACGUGCAGGACACAGAGUAGAUGGUUAUAUUAUACAAGAGAUAGGUUUAGGUUCUUAUCCUAGUGUAGAGGUUUGA